AGGGACGGGCCGCGGGCCCGGAGAGGGGCGGGGGGACUCACGUUUCGCUGACAUCACGGCGGUGCCGGAGCGGCCGGGGGCCAGCAGCCCCGGGGCCAGCAGCCACGGCCGCCGCGCACCGCGGGCACCGGCGCCUCCGGCCAGGAUGGCUCCUCAGAUCUAGACAGGGAGACCAGAGCAGUGCCAGAAAUCUCCAUCCACGUGACAGUGGGAUUGGACAGAGGAGCUGCCGUGAGGAUGUCUGAAGCCAAGCCCCUCAGCAUCUCUUGCCUCGUGCUUUCCCUGCUCGCCUUGCACUGGGCUCUGCUCCAGCUGGGCCAGGCUUUUCCCAGCACCUCUGACUACCUCCAGCGGGGCUGGCAACGGCUGCUGGAGGAAGGGGAGGGCUGUGCCGAGUGCCAGCCCGAGGAGUGCCCGGUGCCACGCGGGUGCCUGGCAGGCACGGUGCAGGAUGCCUGUGACUGCUGCUGGGAGUGUGCCAACCUGGAGGGACAGAUCUGUGACCUGGACAACACCAACCACUUCUACGGCAAGUGUGGGGAGCACCUGGAGUGCCGGCUGGAUGCCGGGGACUUGCGUCACGGAGAGGUGCCCGAGCCCCAGUGUGCCUGCCUCUCCCACCUGGCCCUCUGCGGCUCUGACGGCAAAACCUACGCCCAGAUCUGCAGGUUCCUGGAGGCUGCCCAUGCUCACCCCGAUGCCAACCUCACUGUGGCCCAUGAGGGUCCCUGCGAGUCAGAGCCUCGGAUCACCUCUCCUCCCUAUGACACGUGGAACGUCACCGGGCAGGAUGUCAUCUUCGGCUGCGAGGUCUUCGCCUACCCCAUGGCAUCCAUCGAGUGGAGGAAGGAUGGCACAGAGAUGCUGCUGCCUGGAGAUGACCCCCACAUCUCUGUCCAGUUCAGGGGCGGCCCCCAGAAAUACGAAGUGACAGGCUGGCUCCAGAUCCAGGGCGUGCGGGUGACGGACGAGGGCACGUACCGCUGCUUCGCCAGGAACAGGCUCGGGGAGGUGGUGGCACUGGCCAGCCUGACCGUCCUCACUCCGGACCAACUCAACCUGACAGACUUCUCCCUGCUGAAGCCCCGCACGACGCCUGAGGACUACAGGGAGAGUGAGGAGGACUACUACUAGCCCCGAGAUGGCACGUUGGGCUGCAGAGAUCACCUUGCCCACAGCACCCUUCCCUGGGGCUUGGGGACAUCGGACAUCUCUGGAGCAUCCUCCGGCCCAAAACUCCUUUUCUGAACAAUCCUGGCACAACAGCCUGUUUUUGGGGUGGGGGACAGGGUGACACAACUUUUGAGGUGCUGGGGGGUGGGAUACUGGCUGGUUGGCAAGGGCUGGGAUCAGGGACAGCUCUGCCUGGAGCAGGGUGGAUCUGUCCUCUGGCACUGAGUGGAGACACAACGGGACACUGCGGGGACAGCUGUGCUGUGUGUGAUGAGGAAUGGUGCUGGGGAUGGAGACAGCCUCCUCUGGGAGAGUGAAGCCAGGGCAGGGGCAUUGUGUCCUGUAUGAAUAAUUUCUGGGGAAGCUGGAGCAGAGAGCUGGGACCUGACUGUGAUAACCAGUGUGUCCCUGUCAGCUCUUAUCCCCCAAGCACAGAGACAUCCCAGCUUCUCCCCAGAACCCGAGGAACCUGCUGCCAAAACACCCUUUUCUUCUGUUUUGUUUUUAACCAGAAAAGUAGUGAUUUGAGGAACCAGGCACUUGUGGCUUUCAGAGCUGUCUUUUCUCCAGCUGAACCACCCUUGUGGUCAGAAACACUUUGGCCUUUUUUUGACUGACUUCAUUUUUCCCUUCCAUGCCUUUGACUGACUUCAUGCUUUCCUUUGUCAUUUCAGUCGAUGUUAUUUAAAAUAUACACGGUGGUCAAAGCCAAGGCUGGCUGACCGUCCUGCAUCCACAGGGAUGGUUAUGGGGGUGAGGAAGGGUGCAGACAUUGUGGCUGCUACCUUGUCCAUUGUGGGGUGCUUGAGUUGAGGAGCCCUCCUGCCCAUCCCAGUGCUCACAGCUGGUCCUGGUGUGGGUCCUGCCCUUCCCAGCCCACCUGGGGCUGGGGAUGCUCAGCAGACAGUCUCCUGUGCAGUGGUGAUGCACCAACUCCAAUCACUGCACUCCCAAGCGCUUGAAUCCCAUCCCAGUGCUGCCCAUUUUCAUCUUGGGGUCCUAACUUCUGUGACAAUGGGGUCUCCACCCAGGUGACCACAGCUCUGUCCAGUGGGAGCAGCUCUGUGCCUAGUUGGUGAAGUAAAGCGAUGCUCCAGUUUCCACUGGAAACAUUAUAUUUUUUUUAAAAAUCCCACCUACCUCCCACAGCUGGUGAUUUAGAGCAAACUUGCAUUUGGGGGAGCACAGGAAGGAAGCUCAGAACUGCACUGUGCUGCUCACUGCCCAGAGAGGGCUGUCAGGACCAUUCCUCUGGGCAUACUGGGGCUGAGCUCACGUUCAAGGGGUGCUUUAUCCCCCAAAGCAGCAGCAUUUGCAGGACUUCUGGUACUCAAAAGCUCCACAUGGACCAAACCCCUCCCAGUUACUCAGUCCCAGCUCCAGGGAGGUCCAGAGCUGCAGCAGAGAGCCAGACCCCGUGAGAAAGGAAUUGGCCAGACCCAGGCAGGAGCAGGCAGGAUGCAAUAAGGCUGGUGGCUUGGGUCCCAUGCUACUCUCCUUCACAUGUUUUUUCUUUUCUUUUCUUCCUUUUUCUCUUGAGAGCUGGCUCAGAUGACACAAUUACGGCACUGAAACCUGAACAAGCAAAUAAAAGGGAUUUGUCUGGAA